AUGCAGCCUUUGAGUCUCUGCAUUCUGAGGCCGAAGCCGGAGCCUACAGAAUCACACUUACCGAUAAUGUCUUCAAACGGAGAAAUCGGUGCCUCCCUGGAUCACCCGAAGAAGGACCCACUGGAUUCCGAGACACUGCCUACUGUCGAUCGAUCAUUCAAGACUGAACAAGUUGUCACUCUGGACUCAUUGGAUGAUCGUCACAACCCUGCAACUGGGGAACCUCUGAUACCGGAUGUGUCUGAACAAGUACGACCAACUCACCAUUGUGAAGGCGGUGAUCAAUCGUUUUCAGACAGGAGCAACCUCCGAGCUCACGUAAAGUGUGUUCCUUUGAAACAAAGUGAUCAUUCAUGUGACUACUGUGGAAAAUCGUUUUCCCCAAGGUGUCGUCUUCGGGCACACGUAGAAGCUGUUCACUUGAAGAAACAACCCCACAGAUGUGACCAUUGUGACAGAUGCUUCUCCCAGAGUUUUGCAUUAAGAAGACAUAUUGAAGCAGUGCAUUUAAAACAACGCGCGCAUACCUGCGAGCGCUGUGGUAAAUCAUAUCCCAGCAAGAACGCUUUGCAGGACCACGUCCGUUUUGUACAUCUAGAGCUGCGAGAUCACAUAUGCGAACACUGUGGAAAAUCUUUUUCUCUAAACUGCAACCUUCGGACACACGUAGACGUUGUUCACCUGAAAAAACGCAAGUAUACCUGCGAGCGCUGUGAUAAAUCGUUUUCUUUGAAUAGGGAUUUACAGAGGCACCUCAUUUCUAUUCAUUUGGAUCAGCGAAAUCACACGUGCGAAUAUUGUGGAAAAUCCUUUUCCUUAAGGAGCUACCUCCGGAGACACGUAGAAGCUGCUCACUUGAAGAAACAACCCCGCAAAUGCGAGCAUUGUGACAAAUGCUUCUUUCAUAGCUUUGCAUUGAGAAGACACAUUGGAGCUGUGCAUUUAAAGCAGCGAGAUCACAUAUGCGAACACUGUGGAAAAUCCUUUUCUCUAAACUGCAACCUUCGGACACACGUAGACAUUGUUCACCUGAAAAAACGCAAGUAUACCUGCGAGCGCUGUGAUAAAUCGUUUUCCUUGAAUAGCGGUUUAAAGAAUCACAUGAUUUCUAUUCAUUCGGAUCAGCGAAAUCACACGUGCGAAUAUUGUGGAAAAUCCUUUUCCUUAAGGAGCUACCUCCGGAGACACGUAGAAGCUGCUCACUUGAGGAAACAGUCCCACAGGUGCAAGCAUUGUGACAAAUGCUUCUUUCAUAGCUUUGCAUUAAGAAGACACAUUGGAGCUGUGCAUUUAAAUCAGCGAAAUCACACGUGUGAAUACUGUGGAAAAUCGUUUUCCGUAAGGUACCACCUCCUUAGACACGUAGAUGCUCUUCACUUGAGGAAACAGCCCCACAGGUGCGAACAUUGUGACAGAUGCUUCUUUCAUAGCAGUGCAUUGAAAAGGCACAUUGGAGCUGUGCAUUUAAAGAAAUCUACAAAUAGGAAGCAAAGUUGUUCAAGCACACAAUCAAGCUUGGGAUCUGUUGUGUAACACUGUAUUUGUCCCACAUCGCAACUUACAUUCCCGAUUUUGAUAUAUUUGUAACUUUGUGGCCCGUGUUGUCUUGUGAUAAACCCUUUUGAGAUAAAAAGGUGCUCUUUUUUCCGCGAAAACAUUUCAACUGCAACUGUAUGGGUUUAGUCGUCAACACAAAAUAUAUCUAUAAUUUGCACUACGCACAAACCGCCAACUUGUUUUGGCCUACAUGAGCACAGCUCAUCGGAUACUGUCCCUUGAUGGAACGACCUGUCACCCCAUGUCUGACACCAGCACACUUACUUAGGACGCGCGACAUCAAGCACAUGCAACGUUAUGUACUAUUUCCU